AUUGCAAGUACGGUCAGGUACGCGUCAUAGCGACAGAAUUUGAUCAAGAACAAAUUGACCACCUACCACUUACAUAUUUCCAAUCACAAAUUACUACGGGCGUAGUGCCCCUAUUAUCCACUCCCGCCUGUCAUCACAAUGCAACUCUUCCGCCGGGGCGCCUCUUCGCUCUUUAGCUCCUCCAACGUUUCGCUCGCAUCCUCGAAGACCGACACCGAUACCGAUUUAGUGGGGGACAAUGCGCGGGCUGAGAAGGGAUUCAAGUCUAUCUCAGAAUCGGAUAAGCUGUUUCAGAAGGCAGACCCUGCAGUCGAUGGCGACGAAUGCUUGCAUGACUGCGCCUCGUGUACCGUAAAAUACCCCGCCAAAUUCGACGUUGAUCAAGAGGAUGAACUCUAUGGACAAGUCAAGGGCUGGGCGACGCACCUGCUGGUUGCUACUGGCAAGUCGGAUUGGGUACGCGACGUAGCAGACGAGGUGGGCAGUGUCAUGGAGGCCAUUGAGAAAGGAGGAAUCGAACCGAGCAACGGGAGACUCAAGUUGUCAGCAUCAAACAUGCCCGUUCCCGAUGAAUACCACAUGCAUGAGACGGGCAAACAGCCCACCGAUGUGCUUCUCCUCCCCAGCUUUACGAUCGUGGAACAAGUCACCCCGCAACUGGUCCCGGACUUGAUCGAGAACUUUGUCAACAAGUCAUUGACGACGACGACACCCCUGGGCGCCUCGCCAGCAGGCCCCAGUGAGGAGGAGUCAUCUCGCCCUCAGGGUCAAGACCAGGAACAGCAGCCACCACACCCAGCCAGCACAUCCGUGGUGACCCCGCUCCGUUCACAUCCCUGCCCCCAUGCCGCCGUCAUCCUCCUCUGCUCCCAGCGCACCCGCGACGCCCGCUGUGGCCAGUCCGCGCCUCUUCUCCGGCGCGAAUUCGAGCGCCACUUGCGUCCGCUAGGCCUGUAUCGCGACAUGAACGAUACGCGACCCGGUGGCGUGGGCAUCUACUUCAUCAGCCACGUUGGUGGUCACAAGUACUCCGCGAAUGUGAUUGUCUACCGGCGGCGCGAUUUCGACUGGUACAAGAAGGAUGGUGCAGACGGCAGCGAGGACGACGAGGGUGCGGUCCAGGGUAUCUGGCUGGCGCGUGUGCGGCCGGAAGAAUGCGAGAAUAUCAUCCGGUAUACCGUGCUGCAGGGCAAGGUGCUUAAGCCGGGGAAGCAAUUGCGGGGUGGGUUCGAUCGGGAACGGGGUUUGACGAGUUGGUAAACUGGAUUGCAAAUACUGGGCUUUGUUUUUGGAUUGGGUUUGGAUUAGACUUUGAGUAUGUGAAUCGGUAUAUUAUGCGACAUGGGUAUAGACAUGAAUGUAGCAUAUAAUUGGAUGAUUUCGAGAUGACCAUCCAGUCCUGCGAUGCCCAGCCUUGCAAGGGACAACUUACGGUCUAAUCGAAUUCAAAUGCCGCGUGAUGACCCUAGGCUGAUGUUUCCUGCUUGUUGCGAAUUGAGGCAGAUGACUAGCAAAACCUUGUUGUUCAGGAUAGCCCUGGCUAGAUGAGAAGUUACGUCGUCGUGC